UAGCUGAAUGUGUAAAGAGCCUUGCAUGUUUUCCCUGGUCAAUUGUUGACUUGCACCAUUCCUCGGACCCGAAGAGCAUCAAAGUACCUGUGAUGCAAUGUUCCGCUGACAGCUCUCUGGAUUAAACCCACAGUAGCCGUGUGUGCAAGUGUUGGCAGGGCUUGUUCAUUUCAGGUUAGCUUUUUGAUUCGGGCUCCAUUAACCAAACAAUGCAAGUCUCUAUUGCUUGCACCGAUCACAAUUUGAAGGCGCGGAAUAACGAGGAGAGGCACAAGCAGAACUCCAGCAGCCCGAAAUUAGGCAAUGGGGCCCGUGCGAAAUUCAGGACGGUUGCUAUCAUUGCCCGAAGUCUGGGACACUUCAUACCCCAAAACCACAUGUCUUUGAAGGAAUCCACGGCAAAGCAGACGGGGAUGAAAUACAGGAACCUGGGAAAAUCAGGACUUCGCGUAUCUUGUCUGGGACUUGGAACCUGGGUAACAUUUGGAGGUCAGAUAUCUGAUGAGGUGGCUGAGGAACUUAUGACAAUUGCUUAUGAGCAUGGAGUAAAUCUGUUUGAUACAGCAGAGGUGUAUGCAGCUGGCAAGGCAGAGAUCAUACUUGGAAACAUCAUCAAGAAAAAAGGCUGGAGACGAUCGAGCUUGGUGAUAACAACGAAGAUCUACUGGGGAGGAAAGGCUGAGACUGAAAGAGGUCUUUCUCGAAAACAUAUUAUUGAAGGUUUAAAGGCUUCUCUGCAGAGAAUGCAACUCGAGUACGUUGAUGUUGUAUUUGCCAAUCGACCAGACACCAACACUCCAAUGGAAGAGAUUGUCCGGGCGAUGACGCAUGUGAUAAACCAGGGAAUGGCCAUGUACUGGGGUACAUCCCGUUGGAGUGCCAUGGAGAUUAUGGAGGCCUAUUCAGUGGCAAGGCAAUUUAAUUUGAUCCCUCCAGUCUGUGAGCAAGCAGAAUAUCAUAUUUUUCAAAGAGAAAAGAUUGAGGUCCAGCUCCCUGAGCUUUAUCACAAAAUUGGAAUUGGGGCAAUGACGUGGUCUCCACUUGCCUGUGGAAUCAUUAGUGGGAAGUAUGAUAUUGGAGUACCCGAUAGUUCACGUGCUUCUUUAAAGUGUUACCAGUGGUUGAAGGACAAAAUUAUCAGCGAGGAAGGAAGGAGACAACAGGCUAAGCUGAAGGAUCUCAGUCCGAUUGUGGAACGUCUGAGCUGCACUCUGCCUCAGUUAGCAAUAGCUUGGUGUCUACGUACAGAGGGUGUCAGUUCAGUCCUCUUAGGAGCCUCCAAUGCACAGCAGCUUACAGAAAACCUAGGUGCCAUACAGGUACUCUCAAAGUUGACAACACAGACUGUGACUGAGAUUGAUACUAUACUGGGCAACAAACCAUACAGCAAGAAGGACUACAGAUCCUAACUUAAAGAAGCAUGACAUUGACUGGGAAUGCAUGAUGAAAGUGGUACUCUUUACUUGCUGAACCACUGUCUGGUUAAUGUGAAUUUAAAGCUGUUCCCUGCUGAAUUCCCACAGGUGCAUGCCAAUGCCCCGAGAGAGUGUGUCCUUACUGAGAAGCACAUUCCUGGGUUAUUAAGGUGGUUCCUGAAGUUUAUUAAUCAGCAAAACUGAGCUCUACUUUUAUCUCUUCGCAUUAUGAAAAAAAUUAGAUCAUGCAAGUUCAUAGCUUGUGUAUCGUUGAACUACUAAUUCCGGUAAAGCUUAAGCAAGUAUUCUUUUUCCUCCCUUCUAAACCUCGUCCUGCAUUAGGAUCAGUCAUAUACAUUUCCUUGCUUGCACUGAGCUGGAACUUUAGUGACUUUCUUAGAACAGGAGGCUAAGUGUGCUUACAUCAAUGAAUUGACAUCCAGUGAUGGACGUUGCAUACCUUAUUUUGCAUUGUAAAAUAUGCUGAAAGUCAAUGCUUGUUUUAACUUGUUCUUGAUUGGGUACUAUCUGUAAUAAUCAAAGGUUAACUUGCAUUGUAACUAUAUUGCAUUCACUUGUAGUAUACUGUAUGAACUUCUCAACUAAACUCUUCGAUACAUUCUUCAGAAUGGAUGUUUAUUUAAGAAAGCUCCACAAAGCUUAUGUUGUAUAAAUGUCUAGUUUUUAAUUCUUUAAUUGAAAUCGUGAGUGAGAAAAGGAAAUAAAUAUAUAUAGACUGACUGUGACACUAGUGACCCCAGAAAUGCUGAACUGGGAUCUUAAGCUUUACCAUGCCUGUUGGAUUUUAAUAAAGAGCGCUAAGAGACAUUACAUAUUUGAGGCAGAAAGUUAGCAACAUGGAUAAGGUGAGUGGGCCAGUUAAAAGAGCCAAGUUACACACUAUGGAAUCAAGGCAGACUAAUUAAUGGUAUAAGUACACUAUUAUUAAAAAAAACACUAAUAAAUUAGGUAGAAAAUGUACUUGAAAAGCCUUCAUAGUGAGAGGGGGUGAAGUAGAAAAGAGUGAAGCAACACUUCAGUUGUACAUAACGUAAAACAGAUUGUUAUGUUCGGUUUUGGCAAUGCACCUCGGGAAGUAGAUUUGGCCCCAAGCAGGUACAAUGCUAUUUUCUUUGCUGGCAAAGAUCCUUUAUACAUUUUUUUUUAAAGCCACCAGUGUUGAUUUUUGUCCCCUUAAAGGCUGUGGAUACUUAAAGUCAAUGUUUCUUUAAAAUCAAUUCAAAAGUGUUUGGCCACAGUAACUUGCCAUGGAAAUCCAGAGGUAGAAAUCAGCCAUGAUAAACUGAAUGGUAGAACAGGAUCAUUGGGAAAAUAAAACCCCCUCUCCUGUUAACAGAUUUUAAAAAUCUAAUAUAAAUCAAUUAAAAUCUGUGAAACAAAGUAGUUUAAGGAUAAUUAGUGUUCAUCCUUAAUUGUUUUGAAACAAACACAAUAUAUACCAGAGUACUUACUAUGCACUCAGAUUAAUUAACAGAUUUCAUUUGAUGUUCAUGUAUCUUUACUUUGAUGCUUACAAAAUGACUUGCAGUAGAUUAAAACUUGUAUAUACAAAAAAAGCUUGAUUAGAUACAGGUGUACUAUUGGAUAAUUGGUUCCAUCAUACUGAACAAUGCUUUUGUUUCUUUUGAUGAUUUGUUGCAUUAUAAUUGAUAAAUCCAAUAGAUUUAUAAUAGCAAUCUAAUUGAAUUGCCUGGAGUUAUUAGAUGAUAUUGCAUAUCUUUGGACUUUGAUUUGGGUUAUACAACUGUAGUAAAAGCCUGUGUUCUUUUAGGGUGCAACAUCUCAGGAAUAAAUCCUUUUUUUGUUCAAUGGUUUUC